UGAGAAUUAAUAUACUUGUUUCAUGGAUCAUGUUCGAUGCAUUAAUUCUGCCCCUGUGUUUGAUUAGACCUGCAUGCCAAAGUUGAACUUGAAUUCCUGUAGUUCCCUGGCAGGGACAGCUAGCUGUUGUUCACGGAGAAUUGCAUAAAGUGAAUUAUAUUCUCAGUCUUUUUUGCCUUGUUCGUUUUGCUUGCUAGCUGGCUUACAAUCAGACAGACAAUGGAUCAUAACGAUGUGGUUGGAGAUCAUGCAGAAGGACUCAGCAGCUCUGAAUCCGGAUGGACCGAGUAUAUCUCUUCUCCGAUACAAGACAAUUACGGUGAAGCCGAUGGUUACAGCGAGGUGGGUGAUGAUGAGGAGGACGACGACGAGGAUGACAGCGGUGAUCAGGAAGAUGGAGACUCUGUGGCUUCCGACGCUUCCACCGGACAGUUACUGCACCAGAGUCAGUAUUCCUCUCUCGGGCUCAGCACAGUCGACGAGGAUACUCGCGAUGGCCAAACGGUGAAAGAGCAGCAGCGCGAUUUCAAGGCUCUGAAGGGAAGAGGAGACGAGGGUAAGGCUCCAGCUGGUGCUACUGUUUCUGCAAGCACGGAAGGUGCUGCUGCUCAUUCAGAGGUGAACAUGCAAGCACGCUGUGUGUUUGAUUGAAGUUCAAUGAAGCAAAUUUAAAAGGGCAUGUGCUGGUUAAUUUAUCAUAGAAAUCGAUUGAUGUUGGUGUAGCUAGCUCGUCGAUCGAGCAUUAAUUAUCUGCCCAGUUUCUUUUGUUAUGAAUCUAUGGGAAAAGUAGUGAGGCAGGGUGAUUUGAAGGUCGCUUAA